AUGUUCGACUCCUCGUUAGCCAAAAUAGUAAAAAGAGAAGUCGUCCGACUACCAGACGAAAUUACAUAUGAAAUCCUAGUUAGGUUGCAGAUCGAUUCAUUACUCAAAUGCAGGGCAGUGUGCAAGUGGUGGAAUUCUCUGAUCAAGAGUUCUACUUUCAUUCUCACCCAUCUCAAGUCCACAUUAUUAAUCCAAUCCAACAACAAUAAGGACGACCUCCUUCUGUUACAUGCCCAACGCGAGAAAGAGGGUCCGUUUGGUGGUGAGUUUUUCAUGUUGGAUUGUGAUGAUAUCAACGAUGAAUAUACCAAGCGUUGUGUAAUUCCAACUUCUGACAUUAAAGCAGUUUCUCCAAUCUAUGAAGGAAGAGAAAUCAAUGUGGAUCAACAAAAUUUCUAUCCAGUUGGAACUUGCAACGGCCUCAUCGGCCUGGUUUGUCAUGAUAUGAAAAAACCAAUUUCAAUACCAAUAAUAUGGAAUCCUUGUGUUAGAAAGUUUUUGGUUCUUCCUAGUCCAAGCUUUUCGCCCUACAAGGUUGCUUUUUUCCUUUAUGAGUUAGGCUAUGAUUCACAUAACAAUGACAUUAAGCUUGUACAAAUUGUGGUUCCAAAAUUUCAAGAUGACCAAACGCCAUGUACCUUUCAAGUGUUUUCAUUACUCAGGGGCUCUUGGAAGGAUCUUAACGCUCCUGCAGACUUUAAACCUUUUCCUAAUGAUCUUACAACUGUGGAGAUUAGUGGUGCUUUGCAUUGGAUUUGUGGGAAACUGUAUACUGAGAUCAAUGAAAGCACGGUCAUUGUGACCUUUAACUUGUCUAGUGAAUUAUUUGGGAAGAUGAAGAUUCCUAAAGCUUUGAAAAAAGAUUCAACUAAGAAAUCUUGUUAA